UGUUUUUUUUUGUAUUUUUAAUCUUAAACGUGAAUUUCUCCUUAAAAGAGUUUUGGGUACUAUAGUCGAGCAUCUUAUGCAUUUUAUAAAAAUUUAAAUCCUUCCAAGAUUUAAUAAAAAAGUUGUUGAUGACUUUCUCUUGACGGAAUAAUAAAGAAAAUUUUAAAAUGUUUAGGAUAUUACUAAGCGGGGGAAGGGGGGGGAGGACAGAUAUAGGUAGGUUGUUGUUAUAGUAUAAAUAACUCCCUUACCUUGCUGUCUCAAGGUAAAGGAAUUACCAUAACAAUGAAUUGGACUUUAUUUAUUUUCCAGUCAGUAAAUACAUAUACAUUUAAUUAAUUAAUUAUUAAAUAAAAAUACUACUAAUUUAAGCAAAAAUUUUAAAUUAAAAAUAUAUAUCAUAAAAUGAGUUGCUCAGCAGACCCUUUCCAUCUUCCUUCUAAUUCUACAAUGAUACAAACACAAUCAUUGGAUCCAACACCUUCUAAUUAUUAUCAAAAUAUUCAGCAUUCACAAACAUUCCAACAAAGAAUUAUUGGGAAUGGGGGUGGGGGAAUGCAUAAUCAACAACAGCCUUCAACAGCUUCUUCCCAUCAAUUUAUUCAACCAAAUUAUGAAGCUCCCAAUCAUUUACACGGUCUUUCCUCGAUGACAGUUUGUCCCAUGGAUCAGCAACAGAAUCAAUUAUUCUCUUCCGAUCCCUCAGUUCACCAUCAACAUCAUCAUUGGUUAUCAAUUAACAAUUCUCCUUCAGUACUUCCUUCGCCUUCCACAGUAAUUGGAGGAACAAAUGACGGAGGAUUUCCUUCACAUUUAGUUGAUUUUUAUGGAAAUCCUAAUUUAAAUAAUCACCAAAUAAUCCCUUUAAAAGAAGAACAACAACCAACAAACGAAAUUCAAAAUACUUCAACAUUUUCAAUGUCCUCCUCUAAUAAUAACCCUCCCCCUCCUUCCUCCUCAAAUAAUUCUUUUAUUGUAAAUACACCCUCUACAAUACCUAAACAAGUUAAAAAACGUGGUCCUAGAGGUAAAAGGAAUCAACAAUUAAAACACAAUAACAUAACAAAAUCCACCACCACCACAACAAAUAAUUACAAUGAAAACCACCAAUCAAAACAACUUCCCCCAAUAGAGCAAUAUAAAUGGAUGCAAGUAAAAAGAAAUAAUAACGGGAAUAUUAACGGAAAUAAUAAGCCCUCAACAACAACAACAAUAGCCACUUCCUCCUUCAUUCAAGGAACUGUGGCAGCAUUAAAUGGACAUUCAAUAAUUAAUAAAGAGGCGAUUAAUAAUAAUAAUUUAAUAAAUAACUCUUUAACAAAUUCAACUUCUUUAAUAUCGUCAAUAUCUCCAUUGGGGGCACAGGAGAAUGUAACUAAUCGAACAAACUUUACUUAUCAUCAAUUAACUGAAUUGGAAAAGGAAUUUCAUACAAACAAAUAUCUAAACAAAAGUAGAAGAGCAGAAAUUGCCGCAAUGUUGCAGCUACACGAAUCCCAAAUUAAAAUUUGGUUUCAAAAUAGGAGAAUGAAGAUGAAAAAACAACAAAAAGAAACAGCCUUUCUACGUUCAACAAAUUGGAAUACUUCAACAACAAAUCCACUACCCCCAACAAUUUUACAACAAAAUUUAAAUAAUCAAAAAGUUCCAGGUUCAUGUCCUUCUUCCUUAGCUGGUUCUUCCUCUUCUUCUUCUGAUGGACCUUCUCCUUCACCCAAAAAACAUUAAAUAUUCUCAUUCCUUUCUUUCAAUUUCCUCCAAAUUGUUUUUGUGCAAUGACUGUGUUUUACUGUAAAAAAGAAACAAAAAAGUGUUUAUACAUAUUUAGCAAAUAUUAGGGUGGGUAGAGCUUUGUCGGCCUAGCUCUAAUAGUUUUGUCGGCAAAGUGCUUGUUUUCUUUCUUUUAAGGGGUUCGACCCCCUUUUAAAAAAAUUCUUUAAUAUUUUUUACAGUAAUUCCUUACAGUCAUAGUUUUCAUUUUAAAACCUCUGAUUCUAUACACAUCAAACCUCUAAAUUGUAAACAAUGAAUAUAUUUAUAUAAUUUAAAUUUUCUCAAAUAAUCAAAUAAAUUUUGUAUAUUUUUUUGAAAAUUUUCUUUAAAUUUUCUUUUUUCACAAAAUUUCUUGUCAAAUAAAUUUUUUAAUUUUUAAAUAUAAAUAUUUUUUACUUCUUUAAAAAAUCGAAGUUUUGAUAGAUCUUCCGAAUUAUCAAUAACUCACACCCUCCCUUUAAUUUCAUUGGGGGUUUUUAGUCUCAAAAACACCUAAUACCCUUUUAACAAAUAAUUUAAAUGGAAAGGCACUCUCCCAUUCCGCUAAAAAAUUUUCAAACUUUUUAGGAUUUGAAAACUUAUAGUAGUUAAAAAUCAUAAAAUUGCUUCGACUUGGGUAUUGUUAAUGGGAUAUAUUAGACCCUCUUACAAAUUAGAGUGGUACGGCCCCUUUAAUCUUCUCUUUCUUUUUUUAAAUUCGGUCAUUUACCUACAAAAAUACAGUAGAUAUACUCUUCUCCAAUUAU